GCUGCGCGCAACAGAUGGUCCGAGCGGAGAGGAGGCGCCAAAUAGGAAGCCCUGCGGAUGUGAGCCUACCUGUCCGGUCUGCCCCGGACCGCAACGAACCGCGUCGACGACCGGACCCAUCUCUGCUCCCACUUAUGUUUGACUUGACCCGUCGACCCACCUCCCAUCGAGACGGAGCGGCGCGCUGCCGGGACGAGGAUAAAGGCAGAAAGCAUGGAGGCAGACAGUGUGAGCAUAUGGCCACGCAUGGAGCCCUUCUUACUGGGCGCCCUGCAGGCGGCUCCCUCCUCCAAACUCAGCCUGCACUACCUUCGAAAGAUGGCGAGCUACGUGCGAACCAGGGACGGCUGCUUCCCCGUUCUGGGCUGGCCCAUGUGGAGGCACAUUGCCUGCGGAAAGCUACAGCUUCCGGAAGACCUGGCGUGGCUCUACUUUGAGACCUUCGACCUUCUCGUAGGCCACACACCAGAGGAGAGGCUGGAGCGGGCAGAGUGUCUCUCCCAGUGCUCUUCCAAAAGUGAGCUGGACCAACAAAGGAACAAGUUGUCCGUGGACACGCUGCAGUUCCUCCUCUUCCUCUACAUCCAGCAGCUGAACCGCGUGUCUCUGCGCACCUCCCUGAUCUGCGAAGAGUGGCCCAGUCACCGCACUCGCUCCCCCUCCUCGUCAGACCGAGAGGCCAAGACUAGCUCCCAGAACAAGAACUGGGAUGAUCAGGCCCACCUGUCAUUUGUGCAAAGCCAUCUAGCCGAGAUUCUGGAGCUGCUGGUGGAGCCGGGACAGCUGUCACAAUCUGGACAGGCCCUAAGAGACUGCCAGAUAUCCUUGGAGGCCGUGCGGAGCUUGGACCUGCUCUUGGAGGGCUCGGUUUGCCACGGCAGAGCUGUUCAGCCUGUCCACAGGCUGCUGACCAAAGCUCCGCUCCAGACACAAGCUGGCUGGUCCACACAGAGCCGCUCCUUCCCCCUGCACAAGCUACUCUUGUGUCUCCAGCGCGGCCUCACACUCAACCCCUUUGGGAUUACCGCCUGCCUGCGCUCAGGCAAGAAACUGGCCUGGGCUCAGCAAGUGGAAGGGGCCAUGAAGAGAGCCAAAAUAGCCAGGAACACCCACACGGCUCCACCUGGCAGUAAGAUGGUGCUGAUGUCCCAAGUCUUCAAACAGACCCUGGCUAAAACCUCAGACAAGCUGACCGGUGCCAACGUCAAAGUCCACAGAUGCUCAGAUGCCUUCAUAUACCUUCUGUCACCUCUCAGAUCAGUUAGCCUGGACAAAUGCCGUGACAGCACAGUGGUUCUGGGUCCCGUCGAGACCAGCGUCCACAUCCACAGCUGCCAGAACGUGCGGGUGGUGUGCGUGGCCGGCAGGAUCGCUGUUGGGGCCUCCUCCCGUUGCACCAUCCACACCUUGACGCCCACCCGCCCCUUGCUCCUACCUGGAAACACAGACAUUACACUGGGACCCUUCCACACUUUCUACCCCUCCCUGGAGGAUCAUAUGGCCAGCGUGGGGCUCGCUGUGGUCCCCGACGCCUGGGACCAGCCCCUUCUUCUGGGGACCGAGGGCAUCGUCGACCCCUCACUCAACACAUCGUCCAACCCGGACCCCGCCUGCUACCGCCUGCUGCCCCCGGCUGAGUUUCACACGCUGGUUGUGCCUUUCCAGAUGGAGGGCGACACAUGUGAGGUGCCCGGUGGUUUGCCUCCUCCGUAUCAGGCGGCGCUGGAUGAAAAGCAGAAGAGAAUACAGAACUGGCAGAAGACCGUGCUGGAGGCCCGGCUGAGCAAGGAGCAGAAGCGGCAGUUCCAGGAAGUGGUGGAAGUCAAGUUCCACGAGUGGCUUCUGGAAACGGGGAACAGGCAGGAACUUGACAGCCUCAUCCCGUCCGCGGUGGCCUCUUUAAAGGACUUGAAUGGACCUGCGACAGACGCGCCCCGAGUUAAUGACACCGAACAUAUUAGGAAUGGACGGGCAGCGGGACAGUCACCUUUGGCUUGUUGAACUGUUGGAUUACUCUUGUUUGGGUCUCUUCCGGCGGGAUACUGGUACCUGUAGAUUAGGGCAACGCGAUGGUGUGAACAGACAGGCUGCAUGUAGUAUUAGUGACAUUAGGAUUUCCUGCCUUACCAAACUGAGGAGUACGUUCACUGCGAGUAUUAUCGUACAGGAUGGUUGUUUACACCUUACUCUGGAAGGUCUGGAGCUGUGGAUCCAGCUUUUACAGCAACUCACGUCCCACUCAUUCCUGAGUGGAAAGCUGGCGUGGGCUGCUUUACAGUUCCUUCUUACGAAAACACAGCAACUGUGUCUAAGCCAAGUCGGGAGGGGACUGGCGUGGUGUAGAACAUUACAGGCACCGGGCUUUUGAGGGGAGGUUUAGACUAACAAAAAAAAAAAACACUAACAAAAACGAGGAGCAUCUGUGAAGUCACCGCCAGCUCUUAAAGGGACAUUUUGGAAAAAGAUUAAAUUUGGGUUGACUGCUUCAUGUAAUGCCUUGGAGACAGAAAUUCUAAAUCUGGUCAAAAAAGUGGGAGCAGCUGAGGAGGGACAAGGCAGCCGCCACGACUGACUGUGACAGGCUGAGGGAUCUUUCGGACAUGCCCCUAAAAUGUUCCCGUGGGACAUUACAGCUCUAGGAUGUAGUAAUAGUUCUCAGUUUGACGGUUGAAAUCCACUUAUUACCCAAUGUUGUUGUGUAAGCCGAGUAUAGUCAGAGGUGUUUUUGAGCAACUAUUAGAGGAACGUAACCUUAUAGCAGGUGCGACUGGUUUCACCAUCCUGCGGUGCUGGUUGCUGCUUUAGGGGAAGUUGUGGCUCGGUACGGUGAAGUUCCUGGAGAACCAGUGGUGUCCGAAGUUCCCAGACUGCGCCCAUGUAUGUAAAACUCAAUGCUAUUUUCUGCUCCAAGAAACAUUUUCACUAAGGGCAGUUAUCCUGCGUGCACUUAAAGAUGGAGAAUAUAGAGGCUAAAUAAAUUCAGCACUUUGGGUACUAAGGACACGUUAGUGCACCAACAGUUACCAGCUCAGGACAUAGUAUUUUUCUGUGUUAUUAGAAUAUGAAGAGAUAGCAAUCAAGCGUUUACCAUUAUGAGGAAAAAGGAAGGAACGUUAACGUAAUUUAUUUUAGAUAUGUAAUCGCACCGUCCAGAGGUAGAGGGUCAGUCAACGGUACCUGCAGCUACACUGUGUUCCACGGGCUGAAACUGUCAAGCAUGUUGUAUUUUGUUGCCGUACCGCAGUAGGUGUUUUCAGCAGCUGUCAAAAGGAAAUAUUUGUUCUGACGUUAGUGAGAGCGGUGCGGCCCCGAGGACAACUGUUUUUCUGCUCCGUCAUUUAUGGCGGACUUUUCCUUUUUAUUGUCUUCAGUACGACAGAAGUAACUGACUCGCUGACGUGUACCAACGGAGGCAAAACUCAACGAACUUGUGGUCAGUUUGCAGAUUAGUGGCCAGAUGUGCAACUAAUCCUAAAUGUAUGUUUAUUUUUGUAUUAAUUCACCUGUAUAAAUGUGUAUAUUUCAGCAUUAUAGUGUGACUUUAUUUCAGAAAUCUUCCGUGCCUCCAGGACCAUUUUCAACAUUUAAUGCCUCCCUCACUUCUACUCAUCACGGCAUGCUACAUUUUGAGGGUUUUUUUUUUUUCUUCCCAGAAUGGGACAUACUGUACAUUACACACAACGGAACUGCUGCAUGUGUCUUCAAGGCAGCAUUUUAUUAGUUACUGGAAGUUAAGCGAAGUUGGACUAUGUAAUAAAUAUGUACUGUUAAAAUGUUAUUUCAUAUUAGAAAACAUCACUGUAGGAAAAAAAAUCUAAAUGCUGGGAUGUGUUUUCAUUUUCAAGAUGAAAGUGGUUACACUGUAAAAUGCCUUACUGCUGUUGCUUUACUUUGAAAACGUGCCCUUUUGAUUUGAACACACGCACCUUUUAUGCACCCCUUACUAUGUGAAGAGCACUAUAUGUUUGCUUGUUCAAAGAAUAAAAAUGAAUAAAGGUUUUGACUAAAACCAGGUCACCUCCCGCUUAUUGCUUUGGAUGCUUU